AUGAAAAACGACCGUACUAAAAAGCGAUCUCAAUCCAACACACCUAUCAUUCCCGACGAACUCAUUGCCGAAAUCCUUAUUCUUCUUAACCCGAAAACAAUCGCGCUAUUCAAAUGCGUAAGCAAGUCAUGGAACACUCUCGUCUCCGAUCCAAUCUUCAUAAAGAAUCAUCUUAAGAAGUCAUCACAAAACCCACGUCUCAUACUCACACCACUAACUUCGAAGUACCCUAUCAGUAAUGUCGAAUCCUUCUCUGUGAGUCGUUUACUCGAGAAUUCUUCGAUCAUUGUUUCCGGUGACAAUUGCCAUGGAUCAGAGGACACAUGUCAUGUUGUUGGUUCCUGCAAUGGAUUGCUUUGCUUGCUUUUCCAUUCUCGCUAUAAGAAAAGUUUCUAUGUGUAUAAGAAAUAUUGGUUUUGUCUAUGGAACCCCGCCACGAGGACAAAAUCUGAGAAAUUAGGAAUUUUUAAAGACUAUGUCAAUAUAUAUCUAUCGAAGCCUUACAAGUUCACUUUUGGUUGUGAUAUUUCAACCGGAACUUACAAGGUUGUGGCCAUUAGUGAGAAGCCGGUUCUUUCAAAACAAGGUGAAGAGGAAGAUGUAGUUUCAUGGAAAUGUGAGGUCAGAAUUUUCAGUUUUGGUGAUAAUUGUUGGAGAAAAAUUCAAGAUUGUCCUUUGAUUCCUGUUUGUGUAAUGAAUAUUCUCAUUAAUCGAAUUAAUAAUGGCGUGCAUUUGAAUGGUACUGUUAAUUGGUUGUGUCUCCCCGAUUUCCUUAUGCCGUCUUAUGAACAUGGUUGGAAGUCUAUUACUAAUGCUAAGCAGUUUGUCAUUGUUUCGCUUGAUCUAUCAACGGAGACAUACAAGCAGUUGUUGCUGCCUCAAGGUUUUGAUGAGGUGCCAGAAUAUCAGCCAUCUCUUCAUGUUCUGAAGGACUGCCUUUGCUUUUCGCAUGAUUUUAAGACGAUUGAAUUUGUUAUAUGGCAGAUGAAGGAGUUUGGAGUUCAAGAGUCUUGGACUCAGUUGUUUAGAAUCGACUACUAUAAAAUCUACCAUAACUUGAAUUUUUAUGGACUCACUGAAUGUGGUAUUCCAUUGUUACCAUUGUACCUUUCUACGGAUGGAGAUACACUUAUAUUGGCAAAUUCUGAAGAUGACCGGGCAAUUAUCUAUAAUCGGAGAGAUGAGCGAGUAGAGAGAAUUAAAAUUUCCAACAAACUGUGUUGGUUUUCUGCCAUGGAUUAUGUUGAAAGCUUGGUUUCGACUUGUUGGAAAUCUGCAAAUCUGACUCCAAGCACAUACUCCGUACACGCAAGUAUGGUAGUAGAUGAUGAUAAUGAAAUUGGAGAUAUAGUUGGAGAUAGCGGUGCCGAAGAGGAAGGACCUUUGUUAUCAGAGAAUUUGGACGACGAUGAACUAAGCGAGGAUGGAGAGAUAGUCGGAGGUAUCAGUGAGGAAGAAGAAGGGCCUUUAUUAUCAGAAGAUUUGGAUGAGGAUGGACUAUGA